AUGUUUCGGGCAGUCUUCGACAACGCUGAGUCUUUUAAGACCUUCAAAUCGGUAAUGAACUCAUCGCGCCACCUCUUGGAAAUUUUGGUAACACGCCUCGACGAGAUGUAUGCCUUCGAAAUACCCUCCAAAAUCGCGUUCUUGAUUUCAAGAGGGGCUGAUCCGUGCUUCCGCGACGAACAUUCAGAAACCUACCUCCAUAGGGUUCUGAAAAGGGCUAGACGCGAUCACCAUCGCUUGAUGGACGAGAACCUUGUCACCAGUACACACCAUGGAGAGUUGAAAGACAUUCUCGUGCUCUUUGUUACUGCUGGCGCAAAUGUCUGUGCGGUCAAUGAUCGCGGAGAGAGCGUCUCAGACGUUGCAAUAAAGUCUGGCUUCAGGUUAGAGUGGGAGGAAACUCUGGAGGAGUGCGGAUACAAUGUAUUCGACGUCUUCAACCACGAUUAUGAGCAGGACGACAUCCAUUGUCGGGAGAGACAGCGGCCUUUACUGACAUUCACGGAGUAUCUCGAGGUGUGA